ACUGAGGGUUAGGUAGGAAGGAUGGAUUAGACCGAUCAAGGUAUAAUGUUGAAUAAGGGGAUGUGCUUGUUUUCUUUUUGCCAGGGAACUUAAAGAGAAAGGGCUAUCAUGAUGCCUGAGACUAGCGGCGCAUCAGUUGUUCCCGAGAAGGGCCUGACACUCGAUGACCUCAUCGCGGCCAUCGACCGACAUGAAAGGAACCCGAGCAACAUCCCAAAGGUCGAACAACGUCAGGUACGCCUGCAAAGGCAGAAGAGAAAGGAAAGAGAUGCGACUGCUUCUGGGACCCCGGGAGUAACAAGGAUUGUUACAGACGUAUUGGCACAGUUAGGGUAUGCGACAGAGCCUGUGGUGCAAAGGAGGGUGGUGACGGCUGUUGAAGUAAAAGGAAAGGAGCCAGUGAUAGAGGAGGCUGUUCAGGAAGAGCUCUGGGAAGAGGAAGAUCCGGUGCCGCAGCACCUGACAAAGGUCCAGCGCAAAGUGCGUAAUUUGGCGCAGGGCGGACAGGGAUCAGGAAAAGCGCAGGCACCUCAGGCCCAGGCAGCAGCCCCUUUAAAUGUGGCGGCUCCAUCAUCUAGUACGGGCCCCUCGCAUUGCGGGGCGCCCUCCUACGGGCAGUGGCCCUGGCCGGUGAUCAAUGCAAUUGUGCCGUGGGGAAGCCCGCCACCAGUAGCCGGACCGCAAACGAGUAUGCCACCGCCCAUCUACCCCGCAGCCCAGGCCCAGCCUAUGGCCCCGCYGCCGUCACCUGCUCCUAGUUCACAAGGCAGUGUGGCAGGAGGUGGGAACCAGGGGCAAGGCGAUCAAGGCGACGGAGGGAGGGGUGGAGGAAGGGGGCGUGGCAGGAAUUGCGGCGGAAGAGGAAGGCAAUGGAAUGGCCAAGGCCAGGGGUACCAGGGCCAAGGGGGCCAAGGCCAGGGGUACCAGGGCCAAAGAGGCCAAGGCCAGGGGUACCAGGGCCAAGGGGGCCAAGGCCAGGGGUACCAAGGCCAAGGAAGUCAAGGCCAUGGGUACCAAGGCCAAGGGAGUCAAGGCCAGGGGUACCAAGGUCAAGGCUAUCAAGGCAAGGGGUAUCAAGGCCAGGGGGAUCAGGGAAGUCAGGGCGCCAGCCAAGAACCUCCGAGGAGGGAGGCGGAGCCAGAAAAGAGAAAGGAGGCCGUGGAAGUAGAAGAUGAUGAUGAUGACGAUGAAGAGGAAGAGGACGAGAGGCUGCGUAGGGAGGAGGAUCAGAAAGCGGAGCAGCGGGCGAGGAAAAAGGAAACCAGGGGAGAAGUCGAGCCGGUUGUGCGCGACGGACCGCCCAAGAGGAAGAAAUAUGCGGUUCGGUUGGAAGAGGGAUUUGACGUGGAGAAAGUGAUCGACCGAUUGCUAGAAGGGCAUAACGAUCUCAUGACCCUGAAGGAGAUCCUCGCCUCAGCCCCGCGACUCCGCGAUGAAUUGAAAGGGAGGUUGUCGCGACGUUUGGUGCCAAAUGUCCAUCUGGGUACGAUCCUGCCCAAGGAGGUAGAGUGGAACACCGGGCCAAGGAGUAUAAGGAACCGGCCCAAUGCACGAUCAUUCACAAUCGAGGAGUCGGAAGGGGAGCGCAGGAGGCUCUGGGCAGAGCCCGAASCAGGAGAGAGGGUGAAAGCCUUUUCCCUCAGCCUGUCAGAUAUUGGGAAGGCCAUGGAUUUAGUGGCCGUGCAUGAGAUGGCAGAUCCGGAUGCCAUCCAGGCUUUGAGGGAGCAAGUUCUGGAAUGCCCCGAGGCAGGAAGAUUGAAAUUGGUAUAUCGGCUCCCAAGCAGUGGAGGGAUCAUCGCAUCAGCGCAAAUACAAUCCACUGAACACCUGAGGAAGUUGGUCCGUCAGGAUCAGAAAUGGGUAUGGGGUGAAGAACAAGAAGAGGUGGUGGAAAAAAUGAAAGAGGAAUUCCGAGAAGGAGGGUUGGUAUUAGGAGCGCCAGAUUAUGACGCCACAGAGACGCGACCCUUCAUUGUCGAAACGGAUGCGGGGCUGACUGCCUUAGGGGGAGUUCUAAUACAGGCAGACAUGAAAGGAAAGGAAAGACCCUUGCGAUUUGAGAGUCGAACUCUCUGUACAACAAAGAGGAACUACUCUCAGCUCAAAAGGGAGACCCUUGCUGUCCUCCUUUGUCUGCGAAUCUUCCGGAACUAUGUCUUCGGCAGGAGAUUUAUUUUGAGAGUGGAUCCGACCGCCCUGACCUACUCUCUAAGGAAUUGCGUUCCAUCGGAUCCGACGAUUGCUAGAUGGCUGACGUACAUCUGGAUGUUCAAUUUCGAAUUAGAACGGAUUCCUGGUAGUAAGAAUCGGGCGGACGGGCUGAGUCGGAUCAACUGGGAUAAGCAGGAAGGAGAAGCGGUGGAGAAUACACCCCCAGUUGAUGGAUUUCUGGAUCAGAAGGAAGAUGUUCGCCUCCAUAUCAACAAAUGGUCGCUACGAGUGCCCAGUCGUGUAGGCUAUCAUAUCUGGCAAACGCCAAAGGGGUAUGCAAGGAGGAAUGAGCUAGUCCUUAAGCCUUUUGAGGAAGAAGAUCCCUGGGGCGCUAAGGAUGUUCAGUGGAUGAUGGAGCUAGCGCUGGCCAGCUCCCAUAGCCUGGUGGAGGACAUGAGAACGAUUAAGGAAGGACCUGGCCAGGUAGAACGGCAUGAGGACCUGAUGGGAGGAAUGUAUCUCCUCGUCAACACAUUAUUGCAGGAAAGCCUAGACCGGUCAGGCUCGUUGAACCCGGCAGGGAAUGUGAACGAAGGGCAGGAUAUACCGAAAGAUGAGUGGGCGAGGACGCUACCGCUCUGGACCAGGAAGGCGGAAAGGCCGCUGGCUAGCCAAAUCAGAGACAUGGCCCGGGAUUGGGAGAGCUGCAGGGCACAAUUGAGAGAGGCCUUUCGACGGCCAGAGUCCCCCCACCCCAGAGUCGAGAGACGUCAGAGGAGUCAGAGGUCGAGAGACCCUGAGCCCAGGGAGGUGAGACCGUCUCGGGGAGGACGGAAGGCCCUAGCCAGGAGAGAGGAGGAGCCGGAGCGGGAGCCAGAGGUUGAAGAGCGAGGAGCAUACCCUGAAUGUGGGUUGGGACCAGUGGAGUUCCAUCGUUUUACUGAGGGUGAAUUGAGGAGGUCGCCAACACACGCACGGGAGGAGCCGCCAGUGUCUGAAGGGCCGUUGAGAGAAUUAGAAACGCAUCUGGAUAUCUCUCAAUGGAAAGCGUCGCCUCAGGAUGAGAAGCAUGAAGAGCAAGUAGAGGAGGUGCCACGAGAGGAGGUGCCACAGGAAGAGAUAUCGCGAGAGGAGGUGCCACAGGAGGAGGUGCCACGGGAAGAGGUCCAGGGUACUCAGCGAGAGAGAGGGCUGGGCGAUGAGGGGAGACGUGCAAGAAAGGAAGUGAUAGAGGUUGGAGAGGACACGCCCCGACAGGCGCCAGCAAUGGGUUUGAGACUCGAAGAUGCACCAGGGAGCACCCAGCAGGCAAAGGAGAGGUUGCAGAGAGAGGAGGCCCCUUUACCAUCGUCAGAAAAGGCUCCUUCGCCAGAAGCGAGGGCAGUUGUAAGGAGAGAAGCUUUGACUUUGAUUGAUAGGCACCUAGCAGCUUAUUCCCUGGAGCAUCCAGACCUGGAGGAGCCAGCACCUGCAGAGCCACGCAAGGAGUCAUGCCAGCCCGAGAAGGAGAAGGAAGCAGAGAUACCAAAGAGGGUCGACCUCCGCACGAAGGAAAGGGCGCCAGCUGGAGARACGGCUGAAGAAAAGAGGGCGAGAAGAACAAGACGGAUAGAUGAGAUAUGGCAAGAGAGGCAGAGAUUGGAGGCAGCGGGGGAGCUCAUGGAACAGCAACAGGAGAGGCAGAGAUCAGAGGCAGCAGGAGCACUCCCGGGUCAGCCACCCAGCGUACCCGCUAGGGCCCCAGAGAUCCCUGAGAUGUGGAGGGACUUCUGGGAGCAGAGAGGAGAGGAGCUUCCAUCGCCAGUCAGAGCCGGGUUUGGGGUGGCCAGAAAGGCGGAAGAAAGGUUAGAUCGUAAAAUCAAGUUCCURGCCAAGACCACUUUUGACCGGCACUUGUUAUUGGAGAGCGAUCUGGCGGCGAAGAAAAUGAAGGAAGUCAGCCAUGGAGUACGUCUGGAGACUAUGGAGAUGGAAAUUCAGGAACUCAGGGCUUUGGUGGCCAGCCAGGCAACUAUCAUCGAGAACCUGAGGCAGCAGACCAAGGGAAGGGUGGAUAGACCAGAGAGCAGCAGGCAGCGAGAGCAGAGGCAGCCGGGACAGGGAUUGCCAGGACAACCAGCUGCAGCGGAGCCUCGCCAGGAGCCACCUAUGGGGAGAGCUAUCCUAAAGCCAGAGGAGCCGAGAGCCCAAAGACAGGCAAAGAGAGAGGCGUUCGAGUUUAGAGCCCCUACUGAGCUUGCGACGCUGCCAGUAGCGGCGGCAAGCCCAGUCGUACCUUUGGCAGCAGAGGAGGGGCCGCCACCAUCUAGCAGUGAGCCGGCUCARGGCUCAGCAGAGGGAUCCAUGGGCGUGCUCCUUGAGAUGGCGCAUGAUAUGGAGGAGGAGGCAUCGUUGGAGGACGGGAAUGUCGGAGUAGCGGGGAGCCAAGGACGACAUGACAGCAGCGGAGAGGGACAGGCGCUAUGACUGUGGGGCGACGACCGGGCUGCUGCGAUAUCGGGAACUGCGCUGGCCGAGACAGGCCGACUACGGGGCAGGCGAAG